GGGGAUGACACGCAGCAAAGGGCCACAGGAUGGACUUGAAUCCUGGGUCUGUGCAGGUCGAGGACACAGCCUCAUUGUGUUGUAUAUGAUUGGAUUUGUUGUCUGAUUUUUGAGUGUGAAAAUACAUCAUUCCACUUUUUUUCUGGGGACCCCCUAAAGGACCCAAGACCCCACUUUGAGUACCACUGGUUUAGAAUCGCAAAAAAAGCUGUGCACUUUUGUUCUUUUGCUCUUUUUUUUUAGGAGGAAAAACUUUGUCUCAUUCCCUUUCAAGUCCAUUAAUUCCACUGAUUGUGUCCCCUGUCCUUUAAUUGGCGUUUUAUAUAGUUACCCUUUGCCAAUUUUACUGGACUAUAAUACUGGCAUUAAGCAGAACUGUGUGACAUUGUCGCUAUUCUGCAGACAGAAUGAGGUUUUUCAGUCUCAUUUUCAUGAUUUAUGGAUGUGAAAUAGAUCAAAAGGAAGCCCGUCAUUGUCUGCUCCCCAUACACGGGCGACAGGCACAGAUGUCCACGCGGGAUUUCCCUCUCCUUGUCAUGCCAUUCAUGGAGUGGCUGUUGUCAAUGGGACAGUGGGUGAUACCAAAUAUGGGCCGAGCGGUGCGACCCCCUUCUCACAGGCUCUUGACAGGGUAUAAAUUGGCCCGACGUGACAUCUCGGCACCCCUUUGGUUUUACGCACACAAGAUCCGGCGCCCGGUGCUGAUCUGGUGAGUAGCUGCACGGCUGAGUAAAGGAUGACUGAAACGGGCCAACCAGCGGAUUUAUCACAGCAGGAUGGAUACAGGAUACUAACGCUUCAAACUAUAUAUAACCGGAUCUCAUAAUCUAACUGCAACGGAUCAUCUCACCACAUCGAUCUGUUUGUUCAUCAAUAUCUUUUCUGUUGUGGGUCAAAGUUGUUGUUGGAAAAAAAAAAAAAAAAGAAAAAAGAAAUCCAACAAACAAAAUCCAACAUACUAACUUUAUCCUAUAACAUAUACUUCCAUGUCACAUCAGUGUAAUAACAACAAGACAACCUCAUGUGUGCUGCUCGUGUGUUGCAUGAAAGCAAUAUCUCCAAUCACUAAAUCCAAACAAACAGGGGAUUUCAUUACUUGAACUAAAGAAGCCACUGUGUGCGUGUGCGCGCUCCCCCGUGUUUGCUGCAGAGCUGACACCAUGUGCGACGACGAAGAGACCACCGCCCUGGUGUGCGAUAACGGCUCCGGCCUGGUGAAGGCUGGGUUCGCCGGCGAUGACGCACCUCGCGCCGUGUUUCCAUCCAUCGUGGGUCGCCCACGUCACCAGGGCGUCAUGGUCGGUAUGGGCCAGAAGGACUCAUACGUCGGCGACGAGGCCCAGAGCAAAAGAGGCAUCUUGACCCUGAAGUACCCCAUCGAGCACGGCAUCAUCACCAACUGGGACGACAUGGAGAAAAUCUGGCACCACACCUUCUACAACGAGCUGCGCGUGGCCCCAGAGGAGCACCCCACCCUGCUGACAGAAGCCCCCCUCAACCCAAAGGCCAACAGAGAGAAGAUGACCCAGAUCAUGUUCGAGACCUUCAACGUCCCCGCGAUGUACGUGGCAAUCCAGGCCGUGCUGUCCCUCUACGCAUCCGGCCGCACCACGGGUAUCGUCUUGGACUCUGGUGACGGUGUGACGCAUAAUGUGCCCAUCUACGAGGGCUACGCUCUUCCUCACGCCAUCAUGCGUCUGGAUCUGGCCGGUCGUGACCUCACAGAUUACCUCAUGAAGAUCCUGACAGAGCGCGGAUACUCUUUUGUCACAACCGCUGAGCGCGAGAUCGUGCGUGACAUCAAGGAGAAGCUGUGCUACGUGGCUCUGGAUUUUGAGAACGAGAUGGCCACCGCCGCCUCCUCCUCCUCCCUGGAGAAGAGCUACGAGUUGCCCGACGGUCAGGUCAUCACCAUCGGAAACGAGCGUUUCCGCUGCCCGGAGACCAUGUUCCAGCCGUCCUUCAUUGGUAUGGAAUCUGCCGGCAUCCACGAAACCACUUACAACAGCAUCAUGAAGUGUGACAUCGACAUCCGGAAGGACCUGUACGCCAACAACGUGCUGUCCGGCGGCACCACCAUGUACCCGGGUAUCGCUGACCGCAUGCAGAAGGAGAUCACAGCUCUGGCCCCCAGCACCAUGAAGAUUAAGAUCAUCGCCCCCCCGGAGAGGAAGUACUCCGUGUGGAUCGGCGGCUCCAUCCUCGCCUCGCUGUCCACCUUCCAGCAGAUGUGGAUCAGCAAGCAGGAGUACGAUGAGGCUGGACCCUCCAUCGUCCACAGGAAGUGCUUCUGAGGCGCCAGACUGCACCUCCACCUCCACCUCCACCCCUCCCCUCCCCUCCCCUCCCCCCUUCUGUGCCAACAACCCAGUUCAUGGCUCUUGUGUCGUCGUCAAUCUUUUUAUUAUUUUUUUGUUUUUGUUUACAAGUGCAAUGUAUAUGUGGAUAUGUAUAGCUUUAUAAAUAAACGAAA